AUUUGAGGCAGGAGAACACUCACACCCUCAUGCACGGGCGGUUUCAGAGUUGAUGACUAACAUAUGGAAGGAAUCCCCUCCUUGCUUUACAACACCAAGCCACAACUACCUCGAAGACCGAUGCGCAUUAUCACCGCAAUUAACAUUGGAAUCAUCGGAGGCAGCGGGCGCUCAUGCUUGAGCAAUAAUUCCGUUAGGGUACUCUAAACAUGAAAGGAGAAGAAUAAUUCAAUUUAUGAGCGUGUGUGGGAUUGUUUAAACUACCUGGAAAUACAUUCGUGUUUUUGCAAAGACAACUCCUGGAAAGACGGAGGAAAACUGAAAGGAGGCAAGAAGAAGACGGAAAAAAUACCAAAAGAAGUGUGACGGAGUAGUACAAAGGAGGGCAUGCAACAGCGCUGCUCCGGAUGUGUGUGUGUGUGGAUGAUGAUGUGAUGUGAGGAAAGCAACGGCCUAGAUCUGCUCUGCAAGACGUCAGGAGUUGGUUGGUCUGUUUCUCUACUGUCAUUCUGCCUCACUGCAUAUCUCUUCUUUCGGGGCAUUUCAUAUAUUUCAAUACUCCCCUGAAUAACUAAGGAACAAAGAUUUAAAAAAUAGUCUGUCGCCUGGUCACCUUGGUUAAAUGGAAAAUCGUUUGUUUGAGGCGUAUGAUGAAAUAGCUGACCUAUGUGACCAUUAAUUAUCUUCUCGCUGUAUUUAUUUUAGUUGUAUUAUGUGUCAAGGGGCUUGGUUCGUUCUGUCAACAACUCUCAGCAUCGAUAAUAACUCAUGUCCUUUCCCAUGACCCGCUAGACCCUAUGGUCUAGAAGUUCAUACACUUCCAAAUGAGUGAUGCCAGUAGAAUCUGAAAGUAGUAGCAGUAGUGUAGUAGGUCUACGGAGCAGAAGUAACAUCAGCAGUGCUCACUAUAAAAUCUUCAGGGCGCCAGAGCGCAAUGGUUAUGUGAAAACAUGUCAUCCAGCCAGUGUGCGACAGUCGCGACCCGGGUGGCUCAUAUUAUGAGUCGUGCAUGGUGAGGCUCGUGCUCACUAGGGUCCCCAAAGACUCCGGUGUGUGUGCUGUAUGUGUGGGCUCGCUUUCGGGUUUUCUCGCUCUGGCAGUACAAUUUGUCGACCAGAGGACUGAGCUCAGUAGCAUAAGCGGAGUAGGCUCUUGUGCACGGCGGGACGCGACGGAUGAACAGCAGCUGUUUUUCCUAAGCGCGCCAGCGGCCGCAGUCGUGCUCGCCUGCCUGGCCACCGGCGCACUCAUGGUAGCACGGCUCAAGCACGGCAUUUCUGUCAUAUUUUUCGUCAGCGUCGUACGGACUAUCUCGCUUAUCUCGCUGCACAAAGCGGGGGCCACUUGGAGACCUUACGUGGCGUACCUGGUGGGAGUGUUGGGUAUCCUACUGGCGAGGUAUGCUGAUAGUCUUCUUCCCAACCAAGGGAUACAAAGUGAGGGCUGUAACCCCUCCGUGACUGGACCAAGGGAAGGGAACGAGACCCCUGUGUUUAAAAGGCGAAGGAGGUCCAGUUCUGUGAUUUCCUCAGACAUGGCACACAGUCAGUCCAACAGCAAGUCACACAGGAGGACCUCGCUGCCAUGCAUUCAAAGGGACCAGAUGCCAGAAUGGGACCACAAGAGAAGCUCAAGAGGAUUGCAGUUGUCGGGUACCAGUGUGGUGGUGGAUAUAGCUGUGAUGGGCGAGGCCCAUGGACUGAUCUCAGACCUGCUGGCGGACCCCUCGCUGCCCCCCAACACCUGCACCUCCCUACGGGCCGUCAGCAAUCUGCUCACCACACAACUCACCUUCCAGCCCCUGCACCGGCCACGCCUCGCUCCCCUGGGCAUCAACCUAGGAGAUGCCUACACCUGCUCCGACUCAGAGGAGGGGCCUGAGAAGGGGGAGAGGAACAAUACCUUACCUAAGUGUCUGCGGCGUAGCCUGCACCCGGGGCUGUUGAGGAGGAUCUCCUCUACAUGGACCACCACCACCUCAGCUACCGGCCUGCCUACCAUCGAGCCUGGACCAGUACACAGGGCCAGCAUCAGCAUCAAACCCUUCCACGAACCGCUUACCUGCAGUUGUGGGAGACCAUACAUCAAGAUGAGCCAUGGGGAGGGUUCAAUGGACAAAGGGGACAGGAUACGCCAGACAGAGGAUCAGAUGGUGGUGUCAUCGGACUACGACAACACCCACGAGGCCAACCACAACGACAGCAGUGAUGUAGCGCCGACAGAGGGGGACGCAGAGGGGGGCAAACCCCCCCACCAAAACCUCUUCAUGCUACCCCCAGAGGAGAAGCCCCAACCAGCCCCAGAACUGUUAGUGAUGGAGGACUUGGAGCCCCUGAUGAGCCAGCUCAACAACUGGAACUUCCCCAUCUUCAGUCUGGUGGAGAAGACCCAGGGGAAGUGUGGCCGCAUCCUCAGCCAGGUCUCUCUCAGACUAUUUGAAGACACAGGCCUAUUUGAGACUUUCAAGAUCCCUGUCCAAGAUUUCAUGAACUACUUCCAUGCUCUGGAGAAUGGGUACAGAGACAUACCAUAUCACAACAGGAUCCAUGCUACAGAUGUGCUCCAUGCUGUCUGGUACCUUACCACCCAGGCAGUGCCAGGUCUGCCCAGGCUCAUCACCGACCAUGGCUCUGCCAGUGACUCAGAUUCAGACAGCGGCAUCACACACAGCCAUAUGGGCUACCUGGUGUCGAAGACCUACAGUGUGUCGGAGGAUGGAUAUGGCUGCCUGUCGGGGCUCAUCCCAGCCCUGGAGCUCAUGGCGCUGUACGUGGCUGCAGCCAUGCAUGACUACGACCACCCUGGGAGGACCAACGCUUUCCUGGUGGCCACAAGCGCACCACAGGCAGUGCUGUAUAACGACCGGUCGGUGUUGGAGAACCACCACGCCGCCUCGGCCUGGAACCUGUUCAUGUCCUGUCCUGAGUAUAACUUCCUAGUCAACCUGGACCACGUGGAGUUCAAACGCUUCCGCUUCCUGGUCAUAGAGGCCAUCCUCGCCACUGACCUCAAGAAACACUUUGACUUCCUGGCCGAGUUCAACGCCAAGGUGGGUAAUGACAUGACGAGGGGCAUUGAUUGGUCCAAUGAGAACGACAGACUCCUUGUGUGUCAGAUGUGCAUCAAGCUAGCUGACAUCAACGGUCCACUGAAACACAAGGACCUGCACCUACAGUGGACCAAGGGCAUCGUGGAUGAGUUCUAUGAACAGCAUAAACCUGUUCUCCGCCACCAGUACAAGGAAAUUAUUGAGGAUAAACAAGCAACACUUCAGCUUUAAUUGUCUGGAGCCUGGUGUUGUUGUGGCGAAGGAACUUUCACUCAGAUGGAACCAGGUUUCAGCUGCUGUGCAAUAUUGACAUCCCUUCCUCCCAGAGAUGUGAAAGCAUCCCCCGGACUGGACACAACCUUGCAAACAUAUAAUUUAAAAAAAGAUCAGGACUUUUGCAAUGGAGCAGGGCAUAAAUAUUCUCUCAGGCUAGAUAUCAUAACAUGACCUGAACCAAAGUUACUUAAAGGAUCUUAUGAUAUAGGCCUAUGUCUAGAUAUUGUUUUUACCUAAGCAUUUAUGUGUUUUACAUUUUUCCUAAUUGUAGGCUACUAC